AUGGACUCAGGUAUGGACCAGCCUCUGAAAAAUGCAGGGGAAAUUGUGGAGAAAAGAGACGUGUGGUCGCGUCGUGCGGAGUUUAUACUUGCUGCCGUCGGAUAUGCUGUCGGGCUUGGUAACGUUUGGCGAUUUCCAUACGUUUGUUACAGGAGUGGGGGAGGUGCCUUCCUUAUUCCUUACGUCGUCAUGCUGUUUCUCUGCGCCGUUCCAUUGCUCUUCAUGGAAUAUGCAUUGGGACAGUACACGCAACUGGGUCCGAUCGCAGCUAUCGCCAAAGUUUGCCCUCUGCUGAAGGGUGUGGGUGCCUCUGCGGUCGUAAUCUCUUUCAUUUUCCCCGCUUACUUCAACACCAUCAUAAGCUGGACACUUUAUUACCUCUUUAACACGUUCAGAGCUACUUUACCCUGGCAGUCCUGUAACAACACGUGGAACAUCAGAGAGAACUGCUCUACCCUUCUUCCAAGCAAUGCUACACACUCGCAAUCAGCCAGUCAGCAAUUCUUUGAUUACAGGUUGCUGGAGAUCAGCGAGGGUAUAGAUCAUAUGGGAACCAUGCGCUGGGAACUGUUUGGCCUCCUCAUCCUGGCGUGGACCAUCGAGUAUUUCUGUGUCUUCAAGGGGGUCAAAUCCGCCGGGAAGGUGGUGUAUUUCACAGCUCUGUUUCCAUACGUCGUCCUUUUGGCUUUGUUCAUCAACAACGUCCGGUUGCCAGGCGCCUGGGAUGGCAUCGUCUUCUUCCUGAGACCCAAGUGGCACAAAUUAAGGGAGAUUCAGGUUUGGCUCGACGCGGCGUCUCAGAUCUUCUUCUCCACGGGCAUGGGGUUCGGAGUCAUGAUCUCCUUAGCCAGUCACAACAAGUUUCAGAACAACAUACUGAGGGACACGAUCAUUACCGCUAUGACCAACUCUGCCACCAGUAUCUUCGCUGGUUUCGUUAUUUUCUCUGCUCUCGGUUACAUGGCUCACGUCCGUGGCCUGGCCGUGGAGGAAAUCGCCGUGGGUGGUCCUGGUCUGGCCUUUGUGGUUUAUCCAGAGAUUCUGUCCACAUUACCUCUGGCACAGUUAUGGGCUUUCCUCUUCUUCCUCAUGUUACUCUGCCUCGGUUUGGACAGUCAGUUUGCCCACAUGGAGAUGGUGGCAACGUGUGUGAUGGAUGGUCUGGGGGAGAGACUCCCUGUCAGAUUCAGACGGAAGGAGCUGGUGGUCCUGGUUCUCUGUGUUCCCGGCUUUCUCCUGGGCCUCCCCUGUGUGACUCAGGGGGGCGUCUUCCUCUUUCAGCUGAUAGAUCAUUACGGCGCUGCUGUAUCCGCCAUGUUAAUGACCUUUUUCGAGGUGGCCGGCAUCAGCUGGAUUUUUGGUCUCUCCCGCUUCUCCAGUAUGAUCACGGCGAUACUGGGACGCCCUCCUCACGCUGUCUUUAAGGCCUGCUGGCUGGUCGUAACCCCAGGCUUGAUUCUGAUCAUCCUGGUUUCUAGCAUUGUCCAGCACCGCCCACCGCGCUAUGGGAAGUCGUAUGAGUAUCCGGACUGGGCGAAGGGGGGAGGCUGGCUUUUCACACUGGUCUCCAUCGUGUGGAUCCCAGCUGGAGCUAUACAUGAGCUGUACAGAGGAAAAGGAACAUUCCGGGAGAGACUGAGAGCUUCAGUUACUCCCCAGCUGGAGCCGGAGGAGCGAUCUACUCCACCUGUCAGAGGAGGGUGGAUGCUGCGUUUCUGCUUUGGUUACCAGGAGGAGGAAGUUGUAACAUAUCUUGCUGUAGCUUCCUGUAUGAAGCUUCGUAAGAGGAAGAAUAGCACAGGGAGAGGCAGGGGUACCACCAGCCCAUCUGUCCCACGCGUCCCACCCUCAGACCUGCAGCCACGCCUGGGCUCCAUCCUCACCUUCUAG